AUGGCCUUGAAGCAAUGUCAUUAUCCAUGGGAUAUUGACGGUAAGGCGUCACAUAUAUCUAAAACUAGAGAGUCUGAGCUUGAUCCUAGUAAGUGUUGUAUUUAUAGGGUUCCUGAACCGAUUCGUAGAGUAAAUAAAGGAGCCUACACUCCUCAAUUAAUUUCAAUAGGUCCUCUUCACCAUGAAAACAAAAAAUUGGCUAAUAUGGAAAAGGAAAAAAGAAGAUAUAUGAAUAGUUUUCUUGAACGUAUAACGCCCAAGAAACAAGGUGAAAUUUUUAACUUCAUCAAGGAUAAUGAAAAUGACAUUCGUAAGUGUUAUGCAGAGACAUCUAAACUCAAGGGUCCUAAGUACAUAAUGAUGAUUCUAUAUGAUGCUAUCUUCAUUAUAGAAUUAUUCUUAAGGAAUAAACGCCAUGAAGGAACAGGUGAUUCAUUACUAUCUAUAGCAACAGUAAGAUAUAAUCUGGGCUCAGACUUGCAGUUACUUGAGAAUCAACUUCCAUAUUUUGUCCUUGAUAAAAUAUUCAAGUUAGCUUCUGUUUACACAUGCAUGCCUACCUUGAUGGAGCUUUCUUUUGAGUUCUACCGUUAUAAUGCCAGUUUGGCAUUGAAUAUUCCAACUUCCCAAUUGCAAGUUAAACAUUUCACAGAUUGGAAAAGAAACACUCUAUUGGAAAAUUACCCAAUAUCAGGUCAAGUCAACAAACGUCUUACAAAUUUACCAUCUGCAACGAAGCUGCAUGAGUCGGGAGUGAAGUUUAAGAAAAUUGAUCAAAGAGGAGACAAGUUAAUAAGAUUUAAGAAGCAAUUAUAUGAGUUGCAACUACCAUAUUUCAAAAUAGUCGAUGGGACUGAAUGUGUAAUUAGAAACGUUAUGGCUUUGGAGCAAUGUUGUUACCCAAAGGAUACUCGUUUUUGCAAUUAUAUAAAGCUAAUGGAUUUCCUAAUCGAUACUGAGAAAGAUGUGGAUUUGCUGGCUGAGCGUGGAAUUAUUUCCUGUUAUGCGAGGGACUAUUCUUCCACAGCAAAUAUGUUUAAUAAACUCUGUCGAUGUAUCGGUUUAAGUGAAACCUCUUACUAUGAAACGUGCGAGGAACUCAAAAAACACUGUAACAGUAAUUGGAACAAAGCGAUCGCAACUUUAAGAAGAGUUUAUUUCAGCAAUCCAUGGAGAGGCACAGGAACUGUUGCGGCAGUUAUACUUCUACUACUCACUAUCAUACAAACCAUAUGUUCUAUCUUUCAAGUCGUGUGA